CUCAGUAACAAUUCAACCUUCGUUAUUGUAUCCCCUACGUUCAAUUAGUCAGCUAUCCACACGCCCCUUUAUUCACUACAGUUAAUCACCAAGUAACGCAACGCCAUAAUGUCUGCCCCAGAAUACGACUACCUUUUCAAGCUCCUUCUUAUCGGUGACUCUGGUGUCGGAAAGUCCUGUCUGUUGCUCCGUUUCGCGGACGACACCUACACAGAGUCUUAUAUUUCCACUAUCGGCGUUGACUUCAAGAUCCGAACCAUUGAGCUCGAAGGCAAGACCGUCAAGCUCCAAAUUUGGGACACUGCCGGACAAGAGCGAUUCAGGACCAUCACCUCUUCUUACUACCGAGGUGCUCACGGUAUCAUAGUAGUCUACGACGUCACUGACCGGGACACCUACACCAACGUUAAGCAAUGGUUGCAAGAAAUCGACCGAUACGCUGUUGAGGGUGUCAACAAGCUCUUGGUUGGUAAUAAGUCUGAUUUGGCGACUAAAAAGGUUGUGGAGUAUGCCGAAGCCAAGUCUUUCGCCGACGAGCUUGGUAUUCCCUUCCUCGAAACUUCCGCCAAGAACGCUACCAACGUCGAACAAGCUUUCUUGACCAUGUCUAAGCAGAUUAAGGACCGAAUGGGAUCAUCUACUAUGGCUUCUGGACCUGGUGCCAAGUCCACCAUCAAAGGUCUUGGACAGAACGUGGAGCAGAAGACCGCUGGUGGAUGCUGCUAAACGCUCAUCUCAUAGGCGAACGUGUGUGCGUAUGCGACAUGGAGUUGAAGUAGAUCCGGUGGCGGAAGGUGCAGGGACGGACAAGGAAGUGAUGGUCGAGCAAUGGGUGCGGAGGAUGCUGAGAGGCCCACUGUUCUUUUCGAUUAGCUUUUGCCUUUUGUAGACGUCUUACGCUUGGUUUCUGAAAUCUCAUCUGAUUGUGCUUUGUGAUGUUUAUCUGCAUGAGUUUAACCUAUUAUGUUUCAAGGAUUGUGUCGAAUGGUUCGAGAUUUGUCGAACAUGGGCGACUACUCGUUGAACGAACUUAGUGGACUGUGCGAUCUUUCGGCUGGCAGAAGCUUUCCCAUGGCUUACACUGUAUGAUAAAGCGUCAUUAAGGACAACGUCAGAUACCAGCAGGUGUUUUACAUCUCAUCAUUGUCUCAGCUCGAUCUACGAUCUAAUAUCUAACAUCCCGCUAUUACUUUUGGUCCGCUAAUAAUAUAAUCCAGAAGCAAGCAGCAAGGCUGAAAGCUAAAAUUAUAUGACACCUAACCUCUAGCACGUCUCAUCUGUAAUCUGUCGUCUAUUGCGAUCAUGUCGCCGGUUCAGCAUCAAUCAAUACUACGCCCCGGUGCGUCAUCCAUCCUUUGAGGCAUCCUUCUUCCUUCUCGUUACCUGAGGGACCCGGAUAACCUCCAUCAGCAAUCCGAGACAAAUUACCUAGCACUAAUCAGGGCGCGCGUUGACCAUCGGCGACAUACCUUUCCUCCACCCUGGUUUCUCUGCUAAUGACGAUUAGUACUUUUUGAUUGUUAAUAUAUGACAAU